CGCGUGGAAGGAGAAAAAGAGAAGAAAGGAGGAGUAAACAAAAGUUGUCAUCAUGCACGCACCGGCCAUCCUGGCCCAUUCCCCUGCAGUGGGCCAUCCCAUUGGAGCGAGCAGGAGUCCGCACACUGCCAAGGUCAAUGCCAGAUCACUGAGCAAGUCAGUGGUGCUUCAAAGCGAAAUCUUCGGCUCCAGCUGUGGACAAUUCCUUCCCAGACAAGCAUCGCUUGCUGCGUCACCAAUCAGAUGUACCGAAAGGUCUCGGAGAAGCGUUGCCCCGACAGCAGCAUUCAGCAAAGUCCUUAUAGCCAACAGAGGAGAGAUUGCCGUCCGCGUGAUAAGGGCAUGCAAGGAGUUGGGCCUAAAGACGGUUGCAGUGUACUCCAUUGCAGACGUAGACUGCCUGCAUGUCCAGCUGGCAGAUGAGGCGGUCUGCAUCGGAGAGGCUGCCAGCUCUGCAUCUUAUUUGAACAUCCCCAACAUCAUUGCUGCUGCUAUCAGCCGCGGAGCUGACGCCAUUCACCCGGGAUACGGGUUCCUGUCUGAGAACUCGACAUUCGUGGACAUCUGCAGUGAUCAUGGCAUUGAGUUCAUUGGGCCCAAAUCAGACCACAUCCGUACGAUGGGUGACAAGUCCACUGCCCGCGAUACCAUGAAGGCUGCCGGAGUGCCCACCGUGCCAGGAAGUGAUGGCUUGAUCAAGGAUGAGGCAGAGGCCAUUGAGGUGUCCAGGAAGAUGGGCUUCCCGGUGAUGAUCAAGGCCACAGCAGGCGGCGGCGGUCGUGGCAUGCGCCUGGCCAUGCACGAGGGCGAAUUCGUCUCUCUCCUCCAGCAGGCCACUCAGGAAGCCGAAGCGGCGUUUGGCAACGGCAAGGUGUACCUGGAGCGGUAUGUGCAGAACCCGCGCCACAUCGAGUUCCAGGUGCUGGCUGACAAGCAUGGCAACUGCAUACACCUGGGAGAGCGUGAUUGCUCCAUCCAGCGCCGCAACCAGAAGCUGCUGGAAGAGGCCCCCUCUCCUGCUCUCACCCCGGAGGUGAGGAAGGCCAUGGGAGAUGCGGCGGUGAACGCGGCAAAGAGCAUCGGCUACAUCGGCGUGGGGACCAUCGAGUUCCUGUGGGAGGCGACGGGCUUCUACUUCAUGGAGAUGAACACCCGCAUCCAGGUGGAGCACCCAGUGACAGAGAUGAUCACAGGGAUCGAUCUCAUCCAGGAGCAGAUCAGGGCUGCCCAGGGCGAAGUGCUGCGCUUCAAGCAGGAAGACAUUCAGAUCAAGGGCCAUGCCAUCGAGUGCCGCAUCAAUGCAGAGGACCCCUUCAAGAACUUCAGGCCGGGCCCCGGCCGUGUCAUUGGGUACCUGGCGCCUGGAGGCCCCCAUGUCAGGAUGGACAGCCACCUCUACCCUGACUACCUGGUGCCGCCCAACUACGACUCGCUGCUGGGGAAGCUGAUUGUGUGGGGAGAGGACCGCAACCAGGCGAUUGCGCGCAUGCACCGUGCCCUCAAUGAGCUGGUCAUCUCAGGGGUGCCCACCACCACCAUCUACCACACCAUGAUCCUGCAGAUCGAGGACUUUGUCAACGGCAACGUCGACACAGGCUUCAUCCCCAAGCACCAGGCAGAGCUGUCAGAGCCGCCUCCACCUCGCGAGGGUUCAAAUGUUGUGGAGAAGGCUGCUAAGCGAGCACACAAGCGUGCAAAGAAGCUGGCUCUUGCAUGAGGAGAUAAUUUCGUAGUAUUAUUUUGAGAGAAGCAAAGCUUCCCUCUUCUCGAUGACUCGAUGGAGUCCCAACAGGUGCAACAUAUGAUCAUCAACGUGAAAUGAUCCAUUGUCCGAGAGCGUGUGCGGUUGAGAGUGUAUAUUAGCUGAUAUAUGGUGUGUCUGAAUAAGAAGCACUGGCAGUCAAUAAUGUAUGAAAGAGACCGUUCUUUGGCAGCCUCAGAGGUAUUGCUUGUGCGAUGGUUCCUUCGGUUGAGCUGUGCUUGAGGGUCAUUUUGAUUUUUUUUCAAUCAAUUGCAUUGAUUGUGGUAU